AUGCCCCAGCAAACAGCACGCGGUUGCAAGCACGCGCUCUCCAGCGAAAUUCAGUCUAGAAGCGCGCGCGAGCCAGCCAUCCUACUGCAGCCACCAGUAACGCGCUGCUCGCCUCACGGAUUUCUCCAAUACACGAAAUGCGUAAGGCCGCGUCCACACGUUUGGACUCAUUUCCGCCCCUGCUUCCCCUCAUUUCCGCCCCUGCUUCCCCUCAUUUCCGCCCCUGCUUCCCCUCCUUUCCCCCCACGCAUCCCCUCAUUUCCGCCCCUGCUUCCCCUCAUUUCCGCCCCUGCUUCCCCUCCUUUCCCCCCACGCAUCCCCUCAUUUCCGCCCCUGCUUCCCCUCAUUUCCGCCCCUGCUUCCCCUCCUUUCCCCCCACGCAUCCCCUCAUUUCCGCCCCUGCUUCCCCUCAUUUCCGCCCCUGCUUCCCCUCCUUUCCCCCCACGCAUCCCCUCAUUUCCGCCCCUGCUUCCCCUCAUUUCCGCCCCUGCUUCCCCUCCUUUCCCCCCACGCAUCCCCUCAUUUCCGCCCCUGCUUCCCCUCAUUUCCGCCCCUGCUUCCCCUCAUUUCCGCCCCUGCUUCCCCUCCUUUCCCCCCACGCAUCCCCUCAUUUCCGCCCCUGCUUCCCCUCAUUUCCGCCCCUGCUUCCCCUCCUUUCCCCCCACGCAUCCCCUCAUUUCCGCCCCUGCUUCCCCUCCUUUCCCACCACGAAUCCCCUCAAUUCCCCCCUGCCUCCCCUCCUUUCCCCCCUUGCUUCCCCUCCUUUCCCCCACUUCUUCGCAUCCCUUCUCACCCCCUCAUUUCCUCUCCGCAUCCCUUCUCACCCCAUCCUUUCCUCUCCGCAUCCCUUCUCACCCCAUCCUUUCCUCUCCGCAUCCCUCCUCACCCCAUCCUUUCCUCUCCGCAUCCCUCCACACUCCAUCUAUCCUCUCAGCAUCCUUUCUCUCCCCAUCCCUCCUUGCCACCAUCCCCUCAGGUUUUGUGGCGCUGUGUCCAGGAAAGGCGACCUGCUGCGUGCACUCUUUGCUUAGUUACUAG